AGCUGCCAGGUACUUGCAAGGAUACCUCAACUCAAGCAUCUCUUCACCGCUCCUCAGGAGUCUACGGCAACGUCAGAGCCGAGAUGGGGCGGAAAGAGAUCAAGUGCAGCUGGAAGAAAAGCACAAAUAACAUCAAGGAUGUAUUUGAAUUCCUGGGGAAGAUGGGAUCGGGAACAUUUUCAGAUGUGUUCAUGGUGAGAGAAAGAAAGACCGGCGAACUGUACGCCCUGAAAUGUCUGAAGAAGAAACACCUUACCCAUAGCAAUCUGGAAAACGAAAUCAAUGUCCUGAGAAGGAUAAAACACGAGAACGUGGUUGGGCUGGAGGAUUUCUACGAGAGCCGGACGCACUAUUACCUGGUCAUGCAACUGGUUUCAGGAGGGGAGCUGUUUGAUCGCAUUUUAGACAAGGGGGUUUACACUGAGAAGGACGCCAGCACGGUGAUCAGACAGGUGCUGGAGGCCGUCAGCUACCUGCACGAGAACAGCAUCGUGCACAGAGACCUAAAGCCUGAGAACCUGCUGUACUACAACACGGACGAGAAUGCAAAGAUCAUGGUCAGUGACUUUGGGCUGUCUAAAACGUUGGAGCACGGCGUGAUGUCGACAGCCUGCGGCACACCCGGAUAUGUCGCCCCUGAGGUUUUGGCCCAGAAACCCUACAGCAAAGCAGUCGACUGCUGGUCAAUUGGAGUGAUCACAUACAUCUUGCUUUGUGGCUACCCUCCAUUCUUUGAAGACAACGAGACUCGUCUGUUUUCAAAGAUCAUGAGAGCCGAGUACGCCUUUCAUUCACCCUUCUGGGACGACAUCUCUGAGUCAGCCAAAGACUUUAUCAGGAACAUGAUGGAGAAAAACCCAAAUAAACGCUUCCUGUCAGAACAGGCCCUCAGACACCCCUGGAUUGCUGAUAACGUAGCUAAGGACAUCGACAUUUAUCAGUCAGUCUGUCAACAGCUGGAGAAAAACUUUGCCAAAUCAAAGUGGAAGCAAGCGUUCAAUGCGGCCUCAGCAAUCAGUCACAUGAAGAAACUCUCCCAGAGUGAUUCCUGUCCCUCACCUUGCUCCACGCCCGACAUCAUUGUACAGUCAGCCUCCCAGGACGACCUCGAGGCGCUGGAAACCUGCUUUGACGAGGCCGACGCCCUGGACCCCAACGGGAAUCCUGUAGUACCGUGCAGUAACCCUGAUCUGGCAGAUGACGACUCAAGAGAUAUCGAUUUAGGGAGUGACGAUUCUAGUCUGGCUGCUGUGGCUGAGAGGAAGGACCCAUCGCUCCAGUCUGGAGUGUGUUCUGUCAUGUGAUUGGCUGGCUAACCUGAGAUGAACAUCAUACAGUUAAUCUCUCGUUGUCCGGCACUCAUCCAUCUUGGUACUGUAGGAAGGCGUUGAAAUAUCAGCUUUUUCAUGUCUUUUGUGCUUGUCCGCUGCACAAAAACCCACCUUGGACAGACGCAUACAGACUCUACGCUGUGACUGUCUAUAUGCAGCGAACGCCACAUUUAACAGACACAUGAAGGAAUUCACUUUCUUAAAAAAAGUUGCAAAGAUGAAACCCUUUUUUCCUCACAAUAUGUAUUGUAUAUAACUGUGAACAUGAAUGCACCACCAUAUAUAUAUAUAUAUAUAUACGCUCCAUGUAUUUAUUUGAAAUAGAUUUAGCUGGCAUUGUGAAUGCAGUGUGGAAGCUAAUUAAGUUUUGAGAUUGUCAUGGCCGCACACUGUCAUAUGUACGCUCUGUUUUAAGAUGUUUUAUGUUUAUUCACUGCUUGAAACUGUGACACAAUCUGGGAGAUGGGAAUUCUUUCUGCUUGUUCAUGAGAUUAAACUUUACUGUGAGGUGGGAGACACCGACACGCAUUGACAGGGUGUGUCUGCUGCUGCGUUUGUCGUGAUGCGUCGUGCACACAAGCUGCUCUUUUGUUACCCAAACUGAACUCAUUAAGUGCCACAAUCUGAUGUAAAGAUGCUGUAACACUGCUGAUGUUGUGUAUGAUUCUGAAUUCACAAAUGUAGUGACAGAUAUGUUUGUAUUUUUUAUGUUAUAUUUUCUGCAAAAAGUCACAUGAGCUAGAUCUCCAGCUUCGUGGUGUGUUGUGUGAACAUCUGCAACAACGACGCUGGAUUCAGGAAGUUUUGACAGGACUUUUAUUUAAAUACUGUGGAUUCUGCACAAACAACAUAAACAAAUAAAUAAUGUAACAUUCAGCCGCUCUGCACUACUGACAAAUAAACAUAAUCUGGUGCAACAUUCA